AUGGAUGCUUCGUGCCGACAUACAAGCAUAAGCCCUUUGAGUCUUUCGCGGUUGUGCCUUGGUGGCGAAAUUGUUCAGCUUCCUACAGUUCUCGUUGAACAGGAAUCAAUGUUUCGCGCGGUAAUAACAAAGGAUGCAUAUCGAAGCCUGAGCAUCGAGGCGCAGAAUUACCUCAAGGUGAUAUCUUUGAACUGA